AUGACCGAGAUCCCUCGACCGACGAGUCGCGACCAGUUCCGAAUCGCAAUUAUCUGUGCACUACGAGUCGAAUCAGAGGCAGUUGAAGCCAUCUUCGACGAGUAUUAUGAUGAGAAUGACAACGGGUUCGGCCAAGACCCAUCCGAUGAAAACGUAUACAGGAACGGGAGAAUCGGCAACCACUAUGUAGUUCUUGUCUACAUGCCAGGAAUCGGAAAAUGCAGAGCGAUGACUACAACGCUGCACUUGAAACUGAGUUAUCCGCGGAUCCAGCAGGCAUUAGUUGUCGGUGUUUGCGGCGGUGUCCCAUACGGAAACGAUGGGCGGGAUAUCUUUCUAGGGGAUGUCCUUGUUAGUGAUCGUCUCGUUCAGUGGGAUACUGGGACUUUGCUUCCCGGCGCUUUUAUCCACAAAGACAGACCUGAGUACGUCCAAGGGAGACCGUGUCAGCGUAUGGAAACCUUUCUAGCCAAGUUCAAAACCCCGGACGAAACGCGUCGGUGGGAGACUAUCAUGGCAGAACAGCUGGAGACUGUUCAACGAUCAGUCGGCGAGGAGGGCGCCGCCUACCCUGGUGUAGACCAGGACCGUCUUUACCCUUCAGGCCAUCUCCAUCAGCAUCGUGACAUGCGUCCCUGUGGCAAGUGUCGCUCUUGUGGCGGUUGCGAGGAGGGCAAAAUAUGUCACAAGGCACUUAUCUCUACCUGCGACGAACUGGGUUGUCCCGAUUAUGCAGAUUCCUGCAGGACCCGACAGCAUGGGGAAUUGAAUUCGACUCCAAAACCAGCCCUUCAUCUGGGUCCUAUUGCCUCUGGUGACACUGUCCUAAUGUCAGGAGACGCCCGCGAUCAACUUGCCGCCAAGACUGGCGUGACGGGGAUAGAAAUGGAGGGUAUCGGAUUAUGGGAGGAGACAUCGUGCGUUGUGAUCAAAGGAAUUGCCGACUAUGCGGAUUGCCAUAAGACCAAAGAAUGGCAGCGAUAUGCAGCGGCAAGUGCUGCCUCGUGCACGAAGGCCCUUUUGUUAGAGUACACAAUGGAGCCUCCACAGAUUUACUCGCCCGAAAAAAGGACCUCUCGCGACCGGAAUUCACAAGCUGCUCUCAGCCCUGGCCGACUUCUGUUCCAGUCGAUGCUUGACUUUUUUGCCAAAGUCGCCACAGUCUCAACGAUGUCGAGUAUCUCAGACACUGUCAAAAUGAUUGAUGUGUUCCACAUCUCGUCCAGCCUUUGGACUAACUUUUGUAUGGCUGCGUUGGCGUUCGUGAUUGGAUACUCACCGAAGUUUCACUGA